UACCGGCGGCUGAAUUUUUCUUCGAAAUGAGGUGCACUACCACCGGAUGUUAGGGUUACUUUCCACGUAUUGUCUUUAUAUUUGAAAACCUAUUCCGUGCAGAAAGUAACUCUUAAAAAAUGUUGGUUUUAUUUGAGACCCCUGCGGGAUACGCGAUUUUCAAGCUGCUCGAUGAAAAUAAAUUGGCCAAGACCGAAAACCUUUACAAUGACUUCGAGACGCCAGAAUCUGCCAGCAGAAUCAUCAAACUUAAACAUUUUGAGAAAUUCGCUGACACUACCGAAGCACUCGCAGCAACAACCGCGGCAGUCGAAAGUAAACUUUCAAAAUCGUUGAAAAAAGUACUCAAGAAGCAUUGCACAGAACUCCAGGAGCAAUUAGCGGUAGCAGAUGCGAAGUUGGGCAACGUCAUCAAAGACAAACUAAGUUUACAGUGCAUCAGUAACACGGCGGUGCAAGAAUUAAUGCGCUGCAUUCGUAGUCAAAUGGACAGUUUACUGGCAGGCUUCCCAAAGAAGGAAAUGACGGCGAUGGCAUUAGGAUUGGCUCAUAGCUUGUCCAGAUACAAAUUGAAAUUUUCCCCCGACAAAAUCGACACCAUGAUAAUACAAGCCGUAUGCUUAUUGGACGAUCUGGACAAGGAAUUGAACAAUUACGUGAUGCGCUGCAGAGAAUGGUACGGUUGGCACUUUCCGGAACUCGGAAAAAUCAUAACGGACAACGUGGCAUUCGUAAAGACGGUCAAGAUCAUCGGUACCAGGGAAAACGCGAGCAGCUCGGACCUUUCCGACACGCUCCCGGAGGAUGUCGAGCAGAAGGUCAAAGAAGCCGCCGAGAUUUCAAUGGGUACGGAAAUCUCUCUGGACGACAUAAUCAAUAUACAGCACCUGUGCGAUCAAGUGAUACAGAUCAGUCAGUACCGAACGCAGCUGUACGAUUAUUUGAAAGCCAGAAUGAUGGCGAUGGCGCCUAAUUUGACCGUCCUGGUCGGAGAUCUCGUCGGAGCGAGGCUGAUAUCUCACGCGGGUUCCCUAGUCAACCUGGCGAAACACCCGGCGUCGACGGUGCAGAUCCUCGGGGCCGAGAAAGCGCUCUUCCGAGCGCUCAAAACGAAGAGGGACACGCCCAAGUACGGCCUGAUUUAUCACGCCCAGCUGGUCGGACAGGCCUCGACGAAGAACAAGGGAAAGAUGUCCCGGAUGCUCGCGGCGAAGGCGGCGCUGGCCACCAGAGUGGACGCGCUCGGGGAAGACGGCAACGUCGACCUCGGCGCGGAGCACAGGGCCAAGCUGGAGAUGCGGCUGCGAGUGCUCGAGGAGGGCAACCUUCGCAGGAUCAGCGGGACCGGCAAAGCGAAGGCCAAGUUCGAGAAAUACCACUCCACCAGUGAGUUCAUUCAGUAUCCGAGCGCGGCCGACUCGACCCUGUCGGGCGCCAAGCGGAAGCACUCGCACUCCUCCCAGGAGGAGAAGCCUCUCAUCGAGGAAUUGGGAGCUCAGCCCCCGGCGGCCGAGGAGGACGUACCUUCCAAGAAGAAGAAGAAGAAGCUCAGCUCCGGUCCCCAGGAGGACUCGGUCGCUGGCAUCGUCAAGAUCGAAAAAACCGAUCCGGAAGAUCUCGAGUCGACCGAACAAACUCCAGAUUCCGGAAAGAAGAAGAAGAAGAAGAAGAGGGUGCUUCCAGAGGUCGAGGUGAAAACCGAAGAACCGAGCGUCACGGAGGAGGCCGUCGAGGCCGUUACGAGCGAAAAGAAGAAGAAAAAGAAGAAAAAGAAGGAGGAGGAGGAGGCUCGCGAAGAACUCGACGAGUCGGCAGUUUUGGAGGAAGCCGGCGAAGCGCCACCGAGCGAAAAGAAGAAGAAGAAGAAAAAGAAGGCGUCGCAGUCGGACGGCUAAAAGUCGGUUCUUCUCGAGAGAAUAUCAAGUCGCGAGGAAAUCGAACGACUCGGUAUAAGAUCUCCGCGGAGGAGAGAUCCGUACCGAAAGUGCCGACGUUGUUCCUCCGAAUCUCGGCAGGGUCAGAGAUGCCGAGGAAUCAUUUAAAUUUGUAUUUUCUUUACGCCCGAUGUGGUAAUAGCACGCUACAAUAAAUAUCAUGUACGAAUGACUAUUUUAGUCCUCCAUUAGCCCAAGGAUACUCGUAUCGAUUCUCCUCGAUGCUCCUCGGGGUACCCUUGAAGCAUCGAAGCGAUUUAUAGGAGCUCGCAAUUUCCAAGAAAAGUGAGGGACGCCUGCCCUUGAGGGUCCGGGAGGGACCCCAGAGGGAUCGCUGACAGACCUCGCUACCUAAUUCAACGAGUGACGCACAAACCUUAAAAGCAUAUCGUUCGUUUAUCGGUUACUUUUAUUAGGCACGAAGACAGUAUACGUCUAUAUGUAUAUAUGUAUAUUAUAUAUACACGUAUCUAUGUACGAUGUCUAUGUAUGUAUGUAUGUAUGUAUGUAUAUCAAAUCCGUAGAAAAUAUUUGCAGCAGAACGUAUUCCCUUCCGCGACCUAGGACGCGGUAUUACGUUUAUUAAUCCUACCGUCCUACCUCGUCGGUCGCAAUGGUCUCAAACUUGUAAAAUGCUCCUCGACACCGAGACGGAAAACGAUCUUACGUACAAUUCACAACGAUUUAGUCCGGUUCGGUCACGAUCAUUAAAUUGCCUCCAUCCGGACCGAGAAUCCAUCUUCCCUCCCUUUUCCAUCAGGUUGGCAAUCUUUCAUUGCAAUUGCACCGGAAAGGAAAUAAAAUGAAUUACGAGCGUGACAACGUAUACCGAGAUUUGUUCGUUAAACACAGUGCAGGGCGAUUUAUCUCGGUCUUCGCGAUGGAACCGACGUCCCUAGAAUCGGCUCCACGUCGAGGACUGCCUUAACAACUAGAUAUAUAAUUUCGCGGUUUUCUAUUUAUCCGAAUAAAUCCGAGGAUACAAUAUACAUAUACCGACGUUACAGUUGAUUUCCUUUAACGCUACCACCCCGUCGACUCUUUACGAUUGCAGCACACCGAGUCUUUUGACCUCGGAAAAGACCCUCCGCGGUACGAAAGUUCCUCGUGGACGAGAACCCGCGAGACCGAAGGUAAAGUAUAUAUAUAUGUAUAAAUUGUAAAUCCCUAGUGAUAUCACUUGCACAUGCCACGUAUAAACCACAGGACGCGAAACGAAUACGACACGUACCCCUUUCGUCUCCGCGAUGCUCCAGCGGGAAGAAGGGAUUAAAAGUAAAUUUCUCAAGCCACUCCACGAUGCUGUCCUACCGAUAGCGAGUCGCCCCAAAACAUUCGGUCCACUCGGGUACGAGGGAGAGCCCUAUACCCCACCCCUACUCCUAACCUACCUUAAGAUACCGGAAGGCGCUUCGCCCCUGCCCUACCCCCCCGAGGGGGAGCGCGCGCU